AUGCUUAACACGGACGGUGCGUUUUUUGAGGCAACAAACAAAGGAGGAGGGGGGUUUAGUUCGGGACACGAUGAGAAGCUACUAGUAGCCUUCUCAACCCCCCUCGUCGCCCAAUCUGCUCUAGAGGCCGAGCUCAUGGCCAUACACCAUGGGUUGGAGGUAGCGAAGGCCUUCAACCAACCUAUAUGGAUCGAAUCGGAUGCGGAACAAGCUAUUAAGUUGCUCAAUGGUACUACUUGGGGGCCAGCACAAGUUCACCGCGUCAUGGCCCGUCUGCAUGGCUUCAAACGUAGACAUAUAUUCCGUGCCACCUUCAUACAUAGGGAGGGCAACAAAGCGGCCGAUAUGCUCGCCAAAAUGGGAGUGGAACAAGAUACUUUCCAGCAUAUGUCUCCACAGAAUGUUCCAAGAAUGAUCAGAGCCAUCAUCCGAAUGGAUGAAUUGGGAGUCUCCAAUCUUCGGGUGAGAGAUGAUGACCGUGAGUAG